AUGCCGGCCAACAAAGCCAACGACAUGACACACACCCAAUCUAAGCGUCUAUUCGCCGCCGAGUGUAUUGAAGGAGCAAAGGGCGAGGAAGUCAUUGAGGUGUACUCAGCAUACGUCAGCGCCGCCGACUCAGCAAAGGUUAUGGAGGAAGCGGAAGCACAGGAUUUGACCAAGCGUCUGUUUGUUGCCGCGUACAUUGAAGGAGCUCUGGGGGAGGAGGCCGUCGAGGCGUACCCGGCCUAUGUCAAUGUGGCUGACUCGAAGAAGGUGUUGGGAGAGUAA